GGCGGUGACACGCCGCGGCGCCAUCUUGGCCGAGGGUGGCGCUGGCUUCAGCCCGCAGCCGGCAGCGGGAGGCCGCCGCCAUCUUGGCUAAGGGCAGGCGGGCGGGCGCGGGAGGCAGGAAAACCAGCAGCCCCCCGUCCGGAGCCGCCUUAGCCCCGCUGCCCUGAGAAGCGGCGGCCGGCAGCGGCGGUCCCACAGCGCGGCGCCAGCUCCCUGCGGAGCCGGGCACCCUCCGAGGCCAUGGGGAGGGUCGGGCUGCAGCUGCGCGCCACGCUGGAGAACAUCACCCGCCUGCGGGCCGAGGGCGAGGACUUCCGCUGGUACCUCAAGCUGAAAUGUGGGAACUGUGGUGAAGUUUCUGAAAAAUGGCAAUAUCUGCGAUUAAUGGACAGCGCUCCUCUGAAAGGAGGCAGAGGCAGUGCCACUAUGGUGCAGAAGUGCAAGCUGUGCUCCAGAGAGAACUCUAUUGAUAUUUUAAGUCAGACCAUCAAACCUUACAACGCUGAAGACAGUGAGAAAUUCAAGACAAUAGUGGAGUUUGAAUGCCGAGGUCUGGAACCAGUCGACUUUCAGCCACAGGCAGGGUUUGCUGCUGAAGGUGCAGAGUCUGGCACACCUUUCAAUGACAUAAAUUUGUUAGAAAAGGAUUGGAAUGACUAUGAUGAAAAAACAAAGGAAUCUGUUGGAAUCUAUGAAGUUACCCAUAAGUUUGUAAAAUGCUAAAGCUCACACCCCUAACAAACCUUGGCGUCUUCCUCUUCAAUGAAGAAGCUGUAACAUUAGAAAAGCCAUUUCCCUGGAGUUACUUUUCACAUGGCUGUAGUGCAGAAAUGGAAACCUAAGUAAGUUUUGCUUACUGUCACCAGAACAUCUAAUAAAAUAUUUUCCACAAAACA